UUCUCUCUCACUACAAACUACAAUACAGAGCAGAUCAAAAAAAAUCAGUUAACCGGAAAAAAAAAAUGGCUGGAGGUCUCGGAAAAUGCAGUAAGAUCCGUCACAUUGUGAGGCUGAGACAGAUGCUCCGACGGUGGCGCGACCAAGCGAGGAUGUCUUCUUCUUUCAACCGCUGUGUACCGUCAGAUGUACCGUCAGGACACGUGGCGAUCUACGUUGGAAGCAGUUGCAGGAGAUUUGUAGUGCGCGCGACGUACCUGAACCAUCCCAUCCUUAGGAACCUUUUGGUCCAAGCUGAGGAAGAGUUCGGUUUCGUUAACCAAGGUCCGUUGGUUAUCCCUUGCGAAGAAUCGGUUUUCGAGGAAUCGAUUCGGUUUAUAUCCCGGUCUGAUUCGACCCGGUCAAGACGGUUUACUUGUCCCGAUGAUUUUCAGAAGAAUUGCCACGUGGUGGGGAUUAGUAGCAAGAUAGAUCUAUGGAUCGAAUCUCGACCGUUACUUCACGGCGUCUCCGACAACAAAGCCGUGUGGUGAUUUUUUUCAACGGAUCACUUUGACGGCGUCGUACAGAAGAGUAAAUAGAGACAAAAUAAAACGAGAGCCGGUUCGGACCCGGUUCGACUUGGAACGAGUAAUGUUAAUAAUCGAAGCCAAUUUUGAAAUAAUCGUCAUUGACUCCGGUUCGUUGUGGUUUUGUUUUUUUCUUCUUCUAUUUAUUUAUUGAUGAGGCGGCGGAGUGUAUUUGCGGUGGCUCGGAGAUGGCCGUGAAAGGUGGGUGAGUCAUUCUACCGAGUCGUCCCGGGUUCGAAUGUGAUUUUAAAAUUGGUUAUUUGGUUGUAUAUUCUGCAAUUUCCAUUAAAAUUGUAGUAAUCAUUAUUAUUGUUGGAGAAAUUUUCAAUAUUCUAACAAUCAACAACGUGUAUAUUCCAUUACCA